GUGGAUUUGAAACAGAAUACAUCAUUAUGACAGUUAUGCGAAGAAUUAAGUUAAUUUGGAUUAAUAUUUUCAUCAUUAUCGUAGUAUGUAAGUAUAAUCGUUUGUAAACUCCUAUCCAUUAUUAAUACUGUUACUAUAUGGUUCGUUUUUGAAUGUUCGGGACACUAACUUUAACUGUGAUUAAUGACAUACUUAUUUUAACGAAAACCUAUUGCCAUCUAGCUAAAAAAUUGCCUUAAAUGUAUAGUAAAAUAGUUCACCUUAAAUUUAACAGUUAUUCAUUAUACAGUCAGUGAAUAUGCAAAAUGUUUACAAAUUAUGUAAUCAGAACAUUUCUUCAAAUAUUUGAUCUGUAAUUACAGAUUCAACAAUAUCAGAUCUCACAGUUGAUGAGUAUACUAAGAGGUUGAUUUAGUCUGAAGUUUUCCAUUUCCUUCAGAAGUGCUGAUAUCUGUAUUUCUGCAUUUGGAUAUCGGAUGUUAACAGAUUUCAGUAGGUAUUAUAACUCUACGUAAAAUGUCAUUAUAAAGGAUGCUUGGAAGUUUAAAUAGUCAAGAAAAUAAUGUUUAUAUGUACAUCAAGUGAAUUUUGGAGAGAGAAUAAUUUACCAUGUAAAAAUCUUGGGACAUUUUGUCGUAAAUUACCAUUUAGUCAAAGAUGUUGUGAUACAACAGUAUGUGAUUUGAAAGCGCCCUUCUCCGGCACAUGUGUACGAUGUUUGGAUAAAGGUAGAUUUUGUUUACGAAGUCGUGAAUGUUGUGACAAAUAUUGUUUUUUCUUUAAAUGUCGUUAAUUGUAAUAAAGAAAUAACUUGUAAAUUGAUAAACAAAUUAAGUUGUUCAAGUAAAAAUAUAUACAUUUUACCAUUUU